AUGAUCCUUUCUCCUCGAUUCCAUCUGUUGGAAAUCGGCGAUCAGUCCUGGUGUCCUGAGUGGAUGAGAGUGUAUAUCCAAUCGUAUCUGACCCGAGUCUGGAAUCUACAUCUCCCACCAUUCAGCAAAACCUCUCCGGCUGGCGUGGCAGCCAAUCUCAUUCUAGAGCAUUUACCAGAUGCAUCUUUCUUUACAUUUGUCGAUCUCUGCGCAGGAGCAGGCGGACCGACAGGCACCCUUGAAAAGAUAUUGAAUAGCAAACUCCUAGCGGAAGGCAAACAAACUGCUCAAUUUGUUCUCACGGAUCUCCAUCCCUGCCUGGAAGAAUGGAGUGCUAUCAGUAAACGACAGGAGAAAUUCUCUUAUAUUUCAGAGCCACAAGAUGCGACUCAAUGUGAACGCAUUGCUGGAGAUGGGAAGGAAUGCAGAAUUUUCAACUUGUGUUUUCAUCAUUUUGAUGAUCCUGCUGCAUCGACUACACUGCGGAAAGCCGCGGAAUCGGCUGAUUCCUUCAUCAUUUUCGAAUUUGCUCAACGGAAUUUCACCUCGUUAUUGAAUAUUCCAGUCAUGUUGCUGUUUCCGUUGUGGUAUACUAUCGCCCGGUAUAGGAACAGUCCUCUGCAUUUGUUUUUCACUUAUGUGAUUCCCUUGUUGCCGUUACUUCUUGCUUUCGACGGCUUGGUUUCGACUAUGCGUUGUCGGACCGGGGAGGAGAUUGAAGGUCUUCUUCGUCAGGAAGACCUUGAUCUGACUGGUUGGACUUUGAAAAGUGGGAACCGCAUACUGUAUAAGCCUUUCGUGCAUGUGUACUACUUUAUCGGUGUAAAAAAUGAAUGA